GAUGGAAAGCAACAAUACAAACUCCCGGGAUUAUUGAUCAUUGAUACUCCUGGUCACGAGUCUUUCACUAAUUUACGUUCAAGAGGAUCUUCAUUAUGUAAUAUUGCCAUACUGGUAGUUGAUAUUAUGCAUGGGUUAGAACCGCAAACAUUAGAAUCUUUAAGAUUACUGCGAGAUCGUAAAACUCCAUUCAUUGUAGCUCUUAAUAAGGUCGACCGUAUAUAUGAUUGGAAACCUAUAGCAGAUAAUGCUUUUCAGGAUUCCCUUGAGAAACAAAGUGAAUCUGCUAAACGUGAAUUUAUGGACCGAGUUGAAAAAACUAUCCUAGCUUUUUCAGAACAG